GUCGUGUAAGAACUUCAUCGAAUUCAUUUCGUCAGAUCUGGAAGAGAAUAUUAUUAAAGCAAAAUGCUGGAAUUAACUUCGAUGCUUUCUUUAUUUUUCGUACUGUUACUAGUAAAAUUACCAAAUGUAUCGUCGUUUGUCCCGGUCACCUGUCCUCAGAUAGAUUUCAACCAGAAGAUUCACCCGUGUACCCGUGAAUACAACCCCAUGUGUGGUAGCAAUGGGAAGACAUACGCCAAUACUUGUGGUUACUGUGCUGAGCGAUGGGAGAGUCUGAAACAAGGAAGACAGUUUCCUGUGGUCAUUGAUCGACAAGGUGUUUGUACAACAGCUUCUCCGUUACCCUCGACCAGUGGUGUCGUCCCUUUCUUUCAAACUGUCAUCAAUAGAUAUUUCCCAUCAUCCACACCAACUUCCGGUUCUCCAUUCCCCUACCCGUUUGAUAUUGGUAACCGUGGCAACAAUGGAGGGAGCUUUUCUAAUGCCUUUUGGCAAUAUUUGAAUCGUAAUGUCCAGUCUCCGUUUCAACGGCAACCACAACCGCAGCCAUUCAGAGCGAAUCUGUCAUUUGGACGAACGGCCAACUGUGGAUCGUACGGACCAGCGUGUUCCAGAUACGGUUUCGUCUGUGGUUCUAACGGCAAAACAUACGUUAACGAGUGCGAUUUAUGUUUAUCCAACACCAGGUUUGGAUUUAGUGUAACGAUCGCUAGAGAUGGUUUUUGCUAAAUAAUACAUACGCGACCAUUUCAGAACUGUCUGUCCCGGACUCCUUUACUUGUAGAUAUGCGUCUUGUAUAAUUACGAAGUGAAAAAAUCAACAACCAGCUUUCUAAAUCGACCUUCCAGACGACUGUUCUUCCAAAGUCAACGGACUUGUUAACUGAAUGUCUCUAUAACUCGACAAUAGCAUAACGAUGGAACAUCCUAGAACAUAUGGACAUUGCUCUCGCAUAGAACGGAAAGAUUUUAAUGACAAGUUUUAGUCAACAAUUUAUUAAUUAAAAACACUAAUAUUUGCAAAUGUUUCUUACGAUUGCUUUAAGUGGAUUAUAUUUUUCAUAAUAUUAUUUCUUUGUAAGACUGAUUCAUAGUUUUUAAAAAUUGCAAUUCUUUUUUUUGCCAUGCUUAUCCUUAAUUUAAACAGUUUUCGUGGCUCAAUCUACACAACAUCUAUCAACAAACAUCAUCAGACAUGAAGUUAUCUAUAAACUAUCAAUAUCCUUGCGCUUCGUAAAGAAAAUAAGUCAGCCAGAGAAAUCUUUUGAGUGUUGGUAAUGAAUCGUUAAUCAAAAUAAUGUUCUUAUUGUGUAUUAUUUAUGUUUCUUAUUAUAAUAUAUUUAUCCUUAAAAUGUUAUUAGUCAUU